AGAUAAGUUUUUCCACAAUGUCGUACAGACGGGAACUAGAGAAAUACCGUGAUCUGGAUGAAGAUGAAAUCCUUGGAGCCCUAACAGAGGAUGAGCUCAGGACCCUGGAAAACGAGCUGGAUGAGCUGGACCCUGACAAUGCAUUGCUGCCAGCAGGCAUGAGGCAGAAGGAUCAGACCACCAAGGCGCCCACAGGCCCCUUUAAAAGAGAGGAACUCUUGGAUCACUUGGAAAAGCAAGCAAAGGAAUUUAAGGACCGAGAAGAUCUGGUCCCCUACACAGGGGAGAAACGAGGAAAGGUCUGGGUCCCCAAGCAGAAGCCGAUGGAUCCCGUGCUAGAAAGUGUGACGCUGGAGCCAGAACUGGAGGAAGCCUUAGCAAACGCCUCUGACGCAGAGCUCUGUGACAUUGCAGCUAUCCUGGGCAUGCACACCCUCAUGAGCAACCAGCAGUACUACCAAGCACUGGGCAGCAGCUCCAUCGUGAACAAGGAGGGACUCAACAGUGUGAUCAAACCUACACAGUACAAGCCUGUGCCUGAUGAAGAACCAAAUUCAACAGACGUAGAAGAAACGUUGGAGCGGAUAAAGAACAACGACCCGGAACUUGAAGAGGUUAACCUCAAUAACAUCCGGAAUAUCCCCAUACCCACCCUCAAGGCAUAUGCAGAGGCCCUGAAAGACAACUCAUAUGUGAAGAAGUUCAGCAUUGUUGGGACACGGAGCAAUGACCCAGUGGCGUAUGCCCUCGCUGAGAUGCUCAAGGUGAACAAAGCAUUGAAGACCCUGAAUGUGGAAUCCAACUUCAUUUCUGGAACGGGGAUCCUGAGACUAGUAGAAGCCCUUCCACACAACACUUCUCUUGUGGAACUAAAAAUUGAUAACCAGAGCCAGCCCCUGGGCAACAAAGUGGAAAUGGAGAUUGUGAACAUGUUGGAGAAAAACACAACGCUUCUGAAAUUUGGCUACCACUUCACCCAGCAGGGGCCCCGGCUGCGGGCAUCCAACGCAAUGAUGAACAACAAUGACCUUGUGAGGAAGAGGCGGCUAGCUGACUUGACUGGGCCCAUCAUUCCCAAGUGCCGGAGUGGUGUCUAG